CUUUUUCCCUCACUGGCUUCUUUUUCUUCCAAACCAUGUGCCUUGAGCCGGCAAACUAAACUGCAACCUGCACAAGAAAGUCAACAAUCUUGCGUGUCCGUCGAUCCACUUGCACUGCCUGCUACACUCCCACACUUCCUCACUCUCCCCUACUACCUACUUACUGUUCACUACUAUUCCAUCCUAUUCCUUCUUUCUUCUAAUUCCAUCUCCUCUUUGUCUCAUCAAUCCCUUUUCUGAAUCACUAACAACAAAAUAACCUCUUCUUUUCAAAACACCUUUAUUCAGCGUGUCCCUAUUGCCUCGCCCCACCCGCAGUUGGACACUCAGCACGCUCGCUUGCUCGCUCGCGCUCUUCUUCGGCCAGACAACACUCGUUAGUCAGAGAGUUUCACACCACUCGUCACCACAACCGGUUCUUCCUUUGCCGCUCCCUCUCCAUCCUUGGUCCCUUGACCAUUAUCUUCCUCGCUCCUCCACCAGAGUUCGAUCUCAAGUUGGACCUCAACACAUUAACACAUCAACAUGCACAAACCAUCGUUUUACAUCGCCGCCUUACUGCUGGCUUCUGCAUCCGUGGCUUCCGCUGAUCCCUUAGACGAUGCUAUUGCCCUCUUCAGACGUCAGACUGCGAGUGCGUCCACGGGCGUCAGCAGCGAGAGUGACACUAUUACCUCCAGCGAUCCUACCUCCACUCCUACUAGUACACCUUCUACCACCAGCUCCGUUGUGACUGAGUCAACCACCUCAACCAUCACUCUAUCCACCGCUUCUACCACAGUCAUCACUGAAACUUCCACUUCCACUUCGACAGAUCCCACAGGCAGCGAGACCAUCACCACCACUGAGACAUCUACCAUCAGCACCCCCACCCCAGAGUCGACCUCCAGCCAGACCGUGAUCACCACUACCUCGUUCCAGGAUGUCAUAACCACCAUCACCACUGUCACCGAUGGUUCUACUCGACAAAUCACUAGUACAGGCAGCACUGCCAUACCAGUGACAACUACUGCUGGUUUGUCAGGCGGCGAUGGCAACAAUGGCGGUUCGGGCGGUCUUAGUGACACAGCGAAAAAGACCAUUGGAGGCGUCGUUGGAGGUGUGGGUGGUGCCUUGUUGCUGGCUGGUCUAGGAUACACUGCAUGGCGCAUUUGGGGCAAGAAGAAGACUCUACACGACGAUGACUUGUAUGACCCCAACCUCAACCAGGAUAAACUCAGUGCCACCACCGGCUCUGACAGCACUCCUUUCCGAUCCAAUUUGGAGCAGUAUCAUCAACCGGGUCCUGUCAACACCGCGUCCAAUUUUUAGCUGAACUACUUCAGCUCCGUGUGGUUUCUCAGACUGUUACCAGCACCAUCAGCAGAAGUAGCAUCACGAUCAUAAUGAACCCUCUGUCCACAUUUAGCGAACAGGAAUCUCUCCAAGCUACGGAGUGGAUUCAUUUCACAUUUUCCAGGCGUCAUACCAAUCUCGGGGCGGAUUGUGCGGUGCGCGAUACCGCCGUUGUUUUUGUCAAGAUAUUCAUGGGCAUAAUUGAGGGUCUAUGGCACCAAGUAUUACGGGAUCCGGGAUCCGCUGGAAUUAUCACGCGGCCAUCUUGCUUCUCACUGAAGUGUACAUACAACCCACGGUCGAUAUGGUGUGGAGGGCGGACUCGUGGCUAAAGUAUGUAACAAUAAAAAGCCAUUCUAUGUGAACA